AUGUCAUCUAUUCAAUCUUUUCACAACAACUCAACCAGUCCAACCAUUGAAGCUGACGAAACUCAAUCCUCAUCUUCUUCUUCAUUAUCUUUUGAGAAUAAUAACGAAAGUGUUUCUUGCUAUAGUCAGUUUUACUCGCUUUCACAUCCACCACAAGAAGAUCUAUCAUUUAAUCAUUUUAUGAUGGAAGACAAUAUGAAAUCAUCACACCAUCAAGCCUCGAAUGAUUUGACAUAUCAACCGUCUGAUUGGUCAAUCAGUCAUAAAUCAUCGUCUUCUACUACUGCCCAACUUGGUAUGCAUCGAGAUGAUGUCUACCCCACACUCCCACCACCAGCUUACUGGAAUGAACCCAUGCACCCCUAUUCUGAUUUACCCCAAAUCAAACAAAUUCAUCAUGCUUCAGAAGGCAUGUACCAUCUCAACUGGUUCCAUCCAAUGACAGCACCCAAUCAAAUCCCCGCCAUGCAACCUAUGGGUACUGUCAAAAUGGAAGAUGAUAGCAACAAAUUAUCGUGUGAUACUGUGAUGCGCAAGAAACACACUCCUCAAUUCCUUCCUUCUUCCUCUUCUCAUACUAUGCCCAUACUACCUCCACAACCACCUAUGCAUUUCUAUCGACCCACACAUUCGUUCGUUAUGAAAAGAGAAGACAGGUUCCAUCCUCGUUACAAAAGUGCUCAUGCCCGACUUCCUCCUUAUUCGGAACAACCCAAGGAGGUGUACCAACAUUUUUUAUCUCCACCUUUGUUGUCAAAUCAACCAUCGUUGGAUCAAGGAGACUUGGUUUUAGAGGAAGAACUGGAUUCUAAAAAAGUUGAUUUUGACCCAGAGAAAAAAGACAAUCCAACAUCAUUUCAAUUUGAUAUUGUUCUUCAUGCUCCUACAGCCAUUAUAAAGAAACAUGAUGAACAGACAGUGACUUACCUUAACCGAGGUCAAGCUUAUCUUAUUGAUCUCGCUGCCAAAUCUACUGCUAGUUCUGGUACAUUAACAAGCACAAUAUCGAUUGCAUUCCAUGAAUCAAGCCAUCGUCAAAUUGCCGAAAAUUACUGGAAGUAUUGGAUCAGUCAACAAGAGAAUCAUACUGAAGCAAGAGCCAUUGACCUUGAUGACAAUCAAACGACAGGUGUCUACAAUGUUCGCCUGGUUUCAUUUGAUCGCAUUGCGUUUGAUUGGUAUGCUCGGUUUGGUGCCAAGGUCUAUGUUCGUUUCAAUUGUCUCUCCACUGAUUUUUCUCGUAUCAAGGGCGUCAAGGGCAUUCCUAUGCGUGCUGUAGUUGAAACAGUGGCUCCUCGUAUGACUUUGCCUCCUGAUUCACUUGACUAUAAAGGCGUAUUUGAGAAAUCAGCACCUACAGAAGAAAGUUAUGAAUACAAGGAAAGAUGUUACUGCAAAAUCAAAUUGUUUCGAGACAAAGGAGCUGAAAGAAAAAACAAAGAUGACAAGAAACAAAUGGCAAAGCAAAUGGAAAAGAUUGUUGCUUCUACCAAUGGAAACCCUGAACAACAUCCUUUGUGGUCUAUUGUCAGUCAAUCACAUCAGCCCACAAGCUGUUUCGAUCAAGUACCUACAUCACCUGAUAUCACGCUUGAUGAUUUGGACAAUUUAAGCGAAAUUCUUGUUUCUGCAGAUAAAAUGGUUCCUCCUUUAUUGAAUCCUACAACACAAACUGUCUCUACGAAAAGGAAGCGUUCUUCUUCUGAACAAGAAGGUAGACAUGUCAAGCACAAACCACUUUUGAGUAACACCAAACCACCUUUUGUACUCAGCUUCUAUGUUUGGUCUCGUCAUUUCCAAGGAACUCCUAAAGAGGUCUUUUUGGAAUCCUUUACAGCACAAGACCUUAAAAUUAAACUUGCCAAUGUCCUGUUUAUCCAUCCAAAUCGUAUUUCUGAAAUCUUGUGGCGAAAAAAACGACCUACACAAGAUACAAGUGAAGUUCUUGUUCUUGUUGAAGACACUUUUGUUUCUGAACAUAUCUUGGAUGGAGAAAUGAUGACUGUGGAUUGGGAAAUGAAGACAGAUGGAAAUCUUCGCCUUGUGCUUGAAUUUUAA